GUAUCUCCAUUACCAACCGUCACCCGCGCCCUCCACUGCUCCAGGAGAGUCAUGAAUUCCACCCGCAGUAGUAGUAACUUGGACAAUGCCACUUUGUCCAUCUUCGAGAGUACCCGCACCAGCACGAUCAUCUCGGUCAUCUACAUGGUGGUCACUGUGGUCAACCUGGUGGGGAACGGUCUGUCCAUGUGGCUCCUGCUCUUCAGGACCUUUCCCAAAACGCCGUCUAUAAUCUUCAUGAUAAACCUGACCUUCACCGACCUGAGUCUGGGGGUCGCUCUGCCAUUUCAAAUCGCCUACCAGCUGCAGGGGUACGACUGGAACCUGGGGCCAAACAUGUGCAGUUUUCUAACCGUGAUGUUCUUCACCAACAUGUACUGCUCCAUCCUGACCAUGAUGGCCAUUAGCAUUGACCGCUACCUGGGCAUCGUGAGGCCAAUGUCCUUCAGAGAGACUAGAAAGAGAAAGUCUAUGGCCAUCAUCAGCUGCCUCUUCAUGUGGGGCUUAGUCUUGAGUGUCCUUUGGCCGAUGAUGACCACAGACUUGACCUUUGACAUCCCUGAACUCGGGAUAACCACAUGUUUUGACGUGCUGAAGAAAAACAUGCUUCCGUCUAUAACCGCCUGGGCUGCGUUCCUCUUCUGCAUGUUUUUUGUACUCUUCUUCUUCCCUUUCUGCAUUACUACAUUUUGCUACAUCAGAGUAAUCAAACAGCUGGCAAAAGACUCAAAGACGGCCCAGAAAGUCAGGGCGAUACGCUUGGCUGUUCUCGUUUUGCUGGUCUUUACUGUUUGUUUUGCCCCAAACAACUUUCUCUUGUUAGUCCACACGAUUCUGAGGCUGUAUUAUCAAAAAUCCGUCUACACAGCCUACAAACUGUCUCUUUGUUUCAGCUGUGUCAACAGCUGCCUUGACCCAUUUAUUUACUAUUUGGGCUCCAAGGACUUCAGGCAGAAGCUGAGACAGAUCAUGGGAUGGCGCAGCGUCAGCAGUACAGAGUCGAAACAGGAGCACAGGGACAUUUUGUAUUCAAUGCAUUGUGUUUAUGAAGGUCAACAGAGUAAGAAGUAGAUUUCUUUGUAAAUAUGAUAAAGUCUUAUGUU